CGAGAUAAUGCACUGUAAAACCCCAAAAUACCGCUGAGAUAAAAGAUUUGAUAUCAUAAAAUAAAAUAAGAUAAAAUAAGCGUCAGUAUUUAUCACAAUAAAGGGAAACCAUUGUAUUUACAGGUAAUCUACAGAUACAUGAACCUGCGAAAGACCUACUUAGUUGAAACAAAAAUCAAUCAGUGACCAUGACUAUACAGAAUACAGAUAAUGAAGCAUACAACGAAUAUCGAGUAAAGACGUUGAGGGUGUUUGGCGGAGUACAGAUUGGGAUUGGUGUAUUAUGUGGCAUUCUAAGUUUAGCUGGAGUAAUCACUGACAGUGUAAAUCUGAGUAAAAAUUGUAAUUACAAUUUUAACUCUGAUAACAAUUAUGAUGGUUAUUACUAUCCAUGUGAUCGGUAUGACUAUGCAUCACCACUCCUUGGUUUCGAUAUAGUUUGUGUCAUAUUUUCAGGAUGGUUUAUACUGACAGGAACUUUUCCUUUUUGCAUGACCCCAAGCCGUCAAAGUAGCUGGAAAUGUUUGAAAAUUGCGUUCAUGGUUUGUUGUAUUGUCGGUGCAUCAAUAUUUGUACCAACAGUAUUUAGUUUGGGAGUUGUCGGAGCGAUUUUUCGGGCAGACUAUAAAAGUGGUGCUGCAGUGUUGUCGUCUAUUAUUGCACUGUUGGGUUUUGUUGAAUUGAUCAUAGCCAUAGUUGCAUCGUCAUUCUGCUGUUGCUGCUCAUCAUUUGGUUCAUCAGAGAGACAAUUCGUGUACAUCACUGCCGGACCGCAAACAAAUGUACUUGGAAUGCCAAAUACCCAAAUUAUUCAGACUGUACCCGGACAGAACGUAUCUGCAACGCAUACUGGUGUUUAUCCUGCAGGAAUGAUGACGCAACAAUAUCCGGUUUCUACCCCUCAGUUUACAGCUGCUGCUCCAGGUCAAGGAUUCCAUUAUCAAUCACCACCACCUUACAAGAUAUAACUGUUUCGGAUAUUCAUUCAGAAUUUGCUUUCUGGAACUCUUAUCAAUGUGUUACUUUUCCUUCUAGUAUCAAAAUUUAAAAAAAUAUGGCUGUUUGCAUAAACAUUAUAAAAUAUGUUAACUAUUAAACGCAAUUCAAAA